CAAAAUGUGGAGGGUGGUGAUGCUCCCGCUGUAGUGCCGUUCUCGAGAGUAGCAUCAGGAGACAGGAGUAAGAGUCGAAGACCUACUAUUUCUUGUUGCAUUUUCAAGUACUCAAGGUCCACGUCCAGAGUAGAGAUAAGGCUAAUCAGAUGUACAGAAACAAGAAACAUGGAAGGCAAACGUCAGUUCGUGAAGCACGAUUCUAAGUCUGGCGUAUUCGGAAGGUCGACGAACUAUGCGGGUAACGCGUUGAUUUACGGCUCUUGGCAAUCAGAAUUAUAAUACCCAUUAAUUAUUGUCCUUUUUCUUUCGUGCAAUUUUUUAGAACUAUACUCAGCUCUAAUUAUUGGGCGAGCUUCCGACAUUGCUGUCGAACACAAACUCUACUGCAUCGUCAAAGGCGAAAAAGAGCAAGAGAAACGAUGUUCCGGAUCCAGGAGAUGAGAUAUUACAGAAGAUGCCUGCCCAGGAACAAUCCUCGGCCACUUCUCAAGCCCAAGGACCUUCCCAGGAACAACCCUCGGCCACUUCUCAAGCCCAAGGACCUUCCCAGGAACAACCAUCGGAAGCCCAAGGACCUUCAUCUCCCUUUGCACGGGCUUCAAGACCAUCGCUUUCAGUGCUGUUCCCGCAGACGCCCGGUCGGUGGAGGUUAGAAGAUCUGAACGUUCAGGCUUUGGGCUUGCGCUUACUACCUCCUGGCGAGAUCCUUCGCCUACAGUCUGGGGUUUUAGUGGACUGUGUGGUUCCUGGCGACUUUGCUCAGCAGGUUCGUGGAAAGGAUACAGCGACAGUGCAUUAUAUUGCGUGGUAUAUCGUUCGCGCUCAUCAUCAACAAAGUAGAUCUUUCAAGACAACGUCGACAAUGGAGCACAGAGAACGAUAUCCAUCUCCGUCAGAUGCAGCUAUUGUUGCGAAAGGGAAUGCGAAUAAUAGAGAGGACAUCCACCUUCUUCAUCCAGUAGCACCAUCUGUAUCAGCCGGUAGAAGACUACAUGCUGACAUCAACAAAUUGUCAGCCAAAAAAAGACGUGAGAAUGCAGCGCGUGCAUUAGUGGAAGAAGAAGCUCUCCAGAGUAGGCUGAAGGCGCAGCGAGAAGCUGGGAAAGUCGAAACCACCCUGGACCCUUUUUAUCCAGAAGGAGUGCCGUCUCCGAGUAAGAAAGGCGGAAAGCACUUGUUGGAGUCGAGCGGGGAUGGCUUCUUUAGCGGACCCUAUAUGUGGGACUCGACAUAUAAUCGUCAAAAACCGUUGAAGAUGCGCUUGGGUACUAACUAGUACUUAUGCUGGUAUAUGUGUCUUAAUUGGGGUCGUUUGGAAAGUGUUGGCGGUGACUGAUUUUCUCAUUUUAAACCAAUCACAAACUACUGAAAUAAGGGAGGUAGCUUUGACAGGGCUACUCUUCCUUGUUCAGUAUAUCUAUACAAACUACCUCGAACUACAGGUCGCAGCGCCUUCUUCCCUGGUCUAGAAAAAGCUGUAGAGCAAAUGUGUGUGGGUUCUAAGGCUGUGGCGUAUAUCCCGCCAAGUGAGGCCUUUGGAACGCGUGGAUUUCGAGCUUUGAUACCACCUAAUGCGCAUCUCAUCUUCUGGCUGUGUGUUUUGGAUAGUACAUGAGCAGACGUUUCCGCUUGACGCUUUACCACGCAGUGGCUGGCUGAGCAUGAGCACCAGACAAGAGGCAAGGAACGGUUUGAAGAAUUGGCGUAGGGAUAGAGAUCAACUUCAACUUGAAGCCUGGGGAGUGCAUUGAGUCGUAGUGGGAGAUGCAUCAUGUAAUCAAGUCCAACACAACAAGAAUCAAAUGUGAAUAGAAGAUACAACUACAUGCACAGUACUAUCUGCAAGUUGUACAGUACAAGACUUCAAAAACGUCUAGUUCAAGCGUAUGCAUCACGUGACUAGCAUCUGAAACCUCAGCUGCAAUGUAGCAGCCGCAAGGCGAAAGACCAACCUGGGUUUGGCAUGAAAGCAUGCACUCCACAACGACUGUUUUCGACUUCGUCCUGCUAAAAGAC